AGAACGCGCGCCACUCUCGUUUGUGCCGGAGCAUUGACAUACCACAGGAGAGGAAAUUUUUUUUUUUCAGAGUUGGCUACGAGAAUUCGGGGUUAAUUUCAAUCAUCUUUAGUCAUAAAUCUCGGUUCUCGUGCGUCACUGGGCUCAAUAAAAAAAAAAAAAAAAUGGCCGUCGUAUAGUUGUUGACGUCAAAAAGUGUCUGUGCAACAUCUGUGUUCCCCUUGUUUGCCUGUGCACCUUUCUCCAACUAUUGGAUCUCUCCUUUUUUUUUUUUUUUUUUUCCUCGUCGAUUUUCGAAAGUGAACGGUGUGGCCCCGGUAUAAUAUAAAAAAUUCAGCAUUCCAAACACGACGUCAUCCUCUCAUCAUUCGUUUUUUUCCCCCAGUGUGUGUGUGUGUGUGUGUGUAUGUGUGUGUGUCUAUUGCUACGGUAGGGAAAACAAAAACCUUGGGGUUUGUGUUCUGACGAAACGGUGAAAGAAAAAGAAAAAAAAAUCUUAAAGAAGAAUACCAGCAAAACACAAGAGACCCACCUUGUUGUGUUCUAAGCGAAUUCCAGCUCACGGCACAGGACACGAGGAAGAAGAAACUGAAAAAAAAAAGGGGAAUGUGAUCAUCGCCCUCUGGCGCCCUCCGGUUUUUUUUUCUUCUUCUUCUCCUCACCACAACAACGUUGCAAAACAUCAGCGAGAAACAUUUUUGCCUAUGAACAAGAAUAAUAUAGGACGUGGCUAAUAUUUUCGCCGGCUCGAUGGCUAAUGAUAGUGAACAAGUGGAUGGUGGCCGACCGGUGGCCAUCAAAUCAGCAGCAACGACUAACGGCAAUGGCAGCCAAGAGCCUUCGCCAACUCUGCAAGUGCCCUCCAUCAUCCCCAGCAUCAAAGUUACAAAGUCGGACGCCAAAGCCGGUUUCUUACGUUCGGCACGCGACGGUCACCUGGACAAGGUCCUCGAGCAUUUGAAGAACAACACCGACAUCAACACCAGCAACGCGAAUGGAUUGAACGCUCUGCAUCUGGCGUCGAAGGAAGGGCACGUCGACGUCGUGACGGAAUUAUUGAAGCGCGGAGCUGCCGUCGAUGCCGCCACCAAGAAGGGAAACACGGCCCUGCACAUCGCAUCACUCGCUGGACAGGAGGAAGUAGUCAAGAUCUUGGUGCUUCAAGGCGCGUCCGUCAACGUCCAGUCGCAAAAUGGGUUCACUCCGCUCUACAUGGCGGCCCAGGAGAAUCACGACGGCGUCGUCCGCUUCCUGCUGGCCAACGGAGCUAAUCAGAGCCUGGCCACCGAGGACGGAUUCACUCCGCUGGCCGUCGCUCUGCAGCAGGGACACGACAAGGUCGUGUCCGUCCUAUUGGAGAACGACACGAGGGGCAAAGUGCGCCUGCCGGCCCUGCACAUUGCCGCCAAAAAAGACGACUGCAAAGCGGCCGCUCUACUACUCCAGAGCGAUCACAAUCCCGACGUGACGUCCAAGAGCGGCUUCACUCCGCUGCACAUUGCAGCUCACUACGGCAAUGAGAAUAUUGCAAGUCUACUCGUUCAAAAGGGCGCCGACGUCAACUACCUGGCAAAGCAUCACAUCACUCCGCUACACGUGGCAGCUAAAUGGGGUAAAGCCAACAUGGCCGCUUUGCUGCUGGACCGACACGCUCAGCUGGAGGCCAAGACUCGCGACGGUCUGACGCCACUCCACUGCGCAGCUCGUUCCGGCCACGAGUCCGUCGUCGACUUGCUGCUGGAGCGCGGAGCUCCCAUCUCCAGCAAGACCAAGAACGGCCUGGCGCCUCUGCACAUGGCGGCCCAAGGUGACCACGUCGACGCCGGACGCAUUCUCCUCCACCACAAAGCGCCCGUCGACGAAGUCACAGUCGACUAUCUGACGGCCUUGCACGUAGCCGCUCACUGCGGACACGUCCGCGUCGCCAAGCUGCUCCUCGACCGCAAGGCCGAUCCUAACUCGCGGGCCCUCAACGGAUUCACUCCUCUCCACAUCGCCUGCAAAAAGAACCGCAUCAAAGUCAUCGAGCUGCUCCUCAAACACGGCGCUUCCAUCGAAGCCACAACGGAGUCGGGAUUGACACCUCUGCACGUUGCCAGUUUUAUGGGCUGCAUGAACAUUGUCAUCUACCUGCUGCAGCAUGGCGCCAACGCCAACGCGCCGACGAUGCGCGGCGAAGCUCCGCUCCAUUUGGCCGCCAGAGCCAAUCAGACGGACAUUGUGCGCAUCCUGCUCCGCAAUAACGCCCAAGUCGACGCCCGUGCGAGGGAACAACAAACUCCGUUGCACAUUGCGUCCCGACUGGGCAAUGUCGACAUUGUCAUGCUCUUGCUCCAGCACGGAGCCGAUUUGGACGCCAUCACCAAAGACAUGUACACGCCGCUCCACAUCGCGGCCAAGGAGGGUCAGGAUGAAGUUGCGGCCGUCCUGCUGGAGCACGGAGCCAACAACACGGCGGCCACCAAACGCGGGUUCACACCUCUGCACUUGGCCGCCAAAUACGGCAACAUCAAAGUGGCGAAAUUGCUCAUCCAGAAGGACGCUCCGGUUGAUGCCCAGGGCAAAAACGGCGUUACUCCAUUGCACGUGGCCAGCCACUACGAUCACCAGAGCGUGGCUUUGCUCCUGCUGGAUAAGGGAGCCUCUCCUCACGCCUCGGCCAAGAACGGAUACACUCCGCUUCACAUCGCCGCUAAGAAGAAUCAAAUGGACAUUGCCACGACGCUGCUGGAAUACGGCGCCCAGACGAACGCCGAGUCCAAGGCCGGUUUCACGCCGCUCCACCUCAGCGCCCAGGAGGGUCACACGGACAUGUCGACGUUGUUGAUUGAGCACCAGGCGGACGCCAACUACGAGGCCAAGAAUGGAUUGACACCGCUCCAUCUAUGCGCCCAAGAAGAUCGUGUCAACGUGGCCGCCAUUUUGGUCAAGAACAAUGCCGAAAUCAACGCCCAGACGAAGAGCGGGUACACUCCACUUCACGUCGCUUGCCAUUUCGGCCAGAUGAAUAUGGUGCGCUUCUUGCUGGGCCACCAGAGCCAGAUCGAUGCCGUCACCAGUCAAGGCUACACCCCGCUGCACCAGGCCGCCCAGCAAGGCCACCCGAUGAUCGUCAAUCUGCUGUUGGAGAGCGGAGCGACGCCGAACGCCAUCACAACGCAGGGUCAGACGGCCCUGUCGAUCGCUCAGAAGCUGGGCUACAUCACCGUCAUCGAGACGCUGAAGGUGGUGACGGAGACGACGAUUACGACGACGACGACGACCAUCAUCGAGGAAAAGUACCGCGUCCAGGCGCCCGAAACGAUGCAGGAGACGUUCAUGUCCGACUCGGAGGAUGAAGGUGGCGAGGACGGCGUCAUGGGCGACCAAUCUUAUCGCUACCUGACUGUCGACGAGAUGAAAUCACUGGGCGACGACUCGAUGCCGAUGGAUGGAAUGGGCGAGGAUCGCCGUAAUUCUGGUGUUGAGGAAUCCAUCCUGGCGGCCAAAGAAGGAUACGCCCAGUUCAGCGGUAAUUACGCGCCGGAUAACGUCGAUCUGGCACGCCAGCCAGUCAGCAUCGGCCAUCCCAGCGUACUAGACGACUCCCUGUUGUCGUUGGCAUCCAAGGGUACGGCAAUGUGGCGUUCCAGGUUUUUGGUCAGCUUUAUGGUUGAUGCUCGCGGUGGAGCGAUGCGUGGAUGUCGCCAUAGCGGCGUCCGUGUCAUCAUCCCGCCCCGUAAGGCUCCGUGCCCAAUGCGCAUCACCUGUCGUUACCUGAAGCGCGACAAAUUGGUACACCCCCCGCCGUUGAUGGAAGGCGAGGCUUUGGCCAGCCGCAUCCUGGAAUUGGGACCCACUGCCGCUAAAUUCCUUGGCCCUGUUAUUAUUGAAGUUCCGCAUUUUGCCGCUCUGCGCGGGAAGGAGCGCGAGAUCAUCGUUUUGCGUAGCGACAAUGGCGAAACGUGGAGGGAGCACACGCUGGAAGCGACCGAAGAAGCUGUCCAGGAAGUUCUGAAUGAAAGUUUCGACGGCGAAGAUAUGGGCCAGCUGGAGGACAUGAACACGCACCGAAUCACCCGCAUUUUGACGACGGAUUUCCCGCAGUACUUUGCUAUCGUGUCCCGCGUCCGCCAAGAAGUCCACGCCAUUGGUCCCGACGGUGGUAUGGUCUCGUCUUCGGUCGUGCCCCAAGUGCAGGCCGUCUUCCCGCCGGGCGCACUCACCAAGAAGAUCAAAGUGGGACUGCAGGCGCAACCGAUACAACCGGAACUGGUGGUGAAACUGCUGGGCAACCGGGUGGCCGUCUCGCCCAUCGUGACGGUGGAGCCCCGCAGGAGAAAGUUCCACAGGCCUAUUACCUUGACGAUCCCCGUACCGCAAGCCGCUGCCCGCGGGAUGAUCAACCAGUACAGCGGCGAUACGCCCACGUUGCGGCUCCUCUGCAGCAUCACAGGCGGAACUUCGCGAGCCCAGUGGGAAGACGUCACCGGCUCGACACCGCUGACCUUCGUCAAUGAUUGCGUUUCUUUCACAACCACCGUUUCUGCCCGCUUCUGGCUUAUGGACUGUCGCAACGUGGCUGAAGCGGCCAAAAUGGCUACCGACCUCUACCGAGAGGCCAUUAACGUUCCCUUCAUGGCCAAAUUUGUUGUUUUUGCUAAACGACACGAACCGCAAGAAGCCCGUCUCAGGGUCUUCUGUAUGACGGACGACAAGGAGGAGAAGACUCUGGAACAGCAGGAGCAUUUCGUCGAAGUGGCCAAGAGCCGUGAUGUCGAAGUACUUGAGACCAAGUCGCAAUACCUAGAGUUCGCCGGCAAUUUGGUGCCCAUCACCAAGUCGGGCGAGCAGCUGGCCUUGACCUUCCGCGCGUUCCGCGAGAACCGCCUGCCUUUCACCGUCCGAGUCAAGGAUAAUCACGCCGAUCCCAUUGGGCGUAUUGCCUUCAUGCGGGAAGCAAGGGCCGGAAGGGGUGAACCACCGCAGACGCCGAUAUGCAACCUGAACAUCGUCUUGCCCAGCACAGUCACGCCCGAAACGGCCCGUUCCGAGCCGGACUUGCUCGCCCUGCAGAAGAAGUACGGCUUCUUGCACGACGUGGGGCUUGUCUACGCCACCAAUAGGCCCGAAGCCAUCCAUAAAGCGGAUUUGCGCUUGUCUGACAUUUGCAACCUCCUCGGCCGCGAUUGGAUCCCCUUGGCCAAAUGUUUGGAAAUUCCCGAUUCGGACUUGAACCUGAUCGACAACGAGUAUCCUGACAAUACCACGCAACAAGCCAUGGUUAUGCUCAAGUUGUGGAUGGCCCAGUCGGAAAACAAAGUUACCGGCAACGCCUUAGAAAAAGCGCUGAGAAAGAUCGGUCGCGACGAUAUCGUCAACCGGUGCAUUUACAAUGUGGAACUGGUGACGGACGACCUGGAGAAAGCUGUGGCCAAAACCCAACUGGACCAGUCCGGUUUCGACAAUUUGCGCGACGAGCUGGGCGCCGACAGCACGAGGAACACCCUGCAGCGCAACACGAGUCUCGACGUCAGCUUCGACGAGCAGGAUCUGAUGAAGGACUCUGAGUCAAUCGACGAGAUCCCCGAGAAGAGAGAGGAGGAGGAAGAGCUAAAUUUGCAGGAAGUGUCGGAAGUCUUCUCACAAGAGAUCAAGACAGACAUUCCGAAAAAACAAGUCUACGACGACGCUGAACCGCCCUCACAGCGGAUAAUCAUUCACGAGGAGAAGGGCAUCUGCGAUUCGAGAGAAGCCGAAAAAGACAUCGAAAUUCCUCAGCCAGUGCAGGACCUGGAAUCUAGCGAUUUGCAACAGGACGUGGAUUCGUGGGGUACGCGCCAAUCGACUAUGGAGGAACGAGUCAUCGAUCGUUACGUCAUCGAUACUCAUCCGAAACCUAUGUUUGAUCCACCGGCGGAAGAUAUCCCUGUUGAGCAGCUGCCCACUAACGAGGAAGAAGAAGAAGAAGAAGAAGAAGAAGAAGAGGAAGAGGAGAUCGUGGAGGAGCCGAUGGUGGUCGCAUCGACUGCGCCAGCACACCGCCAACAGGAACGCAUCGAUGACGAACCGGAAUCGUUGCGUGCGCCAUCAUGGAACGCAGCCAAACAACCAGUCAGCUGCGAGGAGGUGAUGCCUGUUGAACCGAUUGCGGUGGAACAAAGCCGACCGUAUGAGCAAGAAGAGGAGGAAGAAGAAGAGGAAGAAGAGGAGGUUGUCGAAACACCAGCUGCCAUUGCCACCUCGGCACCGACAACUCGUCACUCGUAUCAACGCGUCGAAGACGAGCCGGAAGUUUUGAUUUCCUCCUCGUGGGACGCUGCUAACGAACCCACCAGUUGCGAUGACGAAGUCUUGGAAAAGGAGUUUGCAGCAGCGCUGCACGGCGGCGACAUCGAGGAUAGCAACACGUUCUCGCCCGAACUGCUCAGCCGAUCGCUGGAACAGCGGAAAACAGAAAACGAUGCCAAAGUGAGGAUGUCCACUUCAAAGACACCACCUUCAAGUCCGUUUGAAGCGGUUGAAGCCUUCACAGAGUCCCAGGUGCACACAUCACACCCUGAAGCCGUUCCAGCUCAGGUGGCUUUAGCUCAGUCAGAAACGAUACGCUCGGAGGAUCUGGACACCACAGCUACUUCUCACGUAGACGUCCAGCAAGAGACCUGGACCGAAGAGGCGGAAGCCAUUGAACCAGCAGCGGUAUCAGAUGCCAGACUAACCUCGGCAGGUAAUACAGCCGCAUCCGCCCACCAGUCAUUGGUCACUAAUCCACACCCCCUACCUGAAACCGAAUCACCUGAAAUCCCAAUUGAUACCACAAACACUGUUCCAUCCUCACGCAUUCCGGUGCUGUCCAAGCGGCAGAAUUUAUCGCGUUCCGUUUCGGAACAGCCUCACUCGUCGGGCAGUCGGAUGCCAGUAGCCGCACCGCGAGUCAGCCGCAUGAUUCCUGGUUACUUCACUAGCGCCGAUCACACGUCAUCCACUGACGCCAACGCCGGAUGUUCGGCCGAAUCGUUGGCCUCUUCCAUCCAGGAGAACGUCGAGAGCUACUCUGUCCGCAAACAGUUUUGGGAAGAAGUGGCGUCGGGCACUUCGUCAACAUCGUCGUCGACGUCAUCGUCGACCAGAACGAGACAGACCAAAUCGGAGAGGAGCAGCCUGAUUGUGACGGACGAAUCGUUUGGACCCAUCGGCCAGCGAGAGACGAAAUCAGAGCGUUCCAGCGCCGUCUUGUCUGAGGAAGACAUCUAUGAAGUCGGUCGUUAUACAGUCACUAAAGUGUCCACUUCAGAAACCGUCAUCGACACGACACACGAAUCGACGGGCGUCGCCGCCGGCCAGGAAAUUAUUGAAGAUCUCCAACUUGUACAGCCACCGGUAGAUCAGUCCAGCAGCAAAGUGGAAGAAAUUCAAACCGUCCGGACGGAAGAGACGACAGUGACUCGUCUUAGUGGCAAUCUCGAUAAUCCCAUCGUCUUGGAGGAGACUGUCACUGGCUCGUCACACCGAGAGCGCAUCGGAAGAGAAGAAUACAUUUACAGCAGUGGCGAUGAGAGCGUAUCUCUGCGCGCCGAAGACGUCGAGUCGCAUUCCGACGUCGUCCUACCAGGAGGCCGUCAAGUGGUGACCGAAGAAUUCGCCAAAUCCUCCAAAACCGUUUUCAAAGAUGGCCAACCCGUCUUUGUCGAAGAAUUUCAAUACGAUCAACGUCAGCAGGCUGCCGAUUCCCCUCCGCUCGAAUCUGCACCCACCGCUUCCGGAUUCGAAGACUCGACCACCGCCGACCUGACAACGGGCGAUUGGACCACGGCCGAUUCCGUUGAAGUCAAUGUCGAUUCGCAAGAACAAGAAGUGCCAGACAUUUCGAUUGUGCAUCAAGAGUCGUUCGGUGGUGGACUGACGAGCAGUGGCGAAUCGCAGGAGGAAGGGGAAGCCGCUACCGGAAUGGCUUUCAUCAACACUGCUUUCAUCGGCGUCGACCACAUCGACAUGAGCGAACACGAACCGGCCAACAUCGCUAGGGCCGUCAGCCCUUUUGAGGUUCCCAGAGGUGAGGCUUACGUCAUUGGAACUUACGGCCCCGAUUUCGACCAGCCGGCGGCGCAGGGAGACGAGGAGGAAGACGAAGAAUCGCCUCUCCCAUCGCCGCACAGCCGUUUGGCCUUUGAGUUGCCACAAGAACCGAUCGUGACGGAAGAACAUGACGAGUGCCCAGUAUCUAGUCAACCGCGUAGCCGGACAACUUCACUCGACUCGCAGGAUUUGGAAACUUAUGGAAGCGAAGGAGAAGCCGAUGAUGACGAACAAGAUCCCUCGCAAGCCAGGGAGAAAAUCUUCAGCCAGGGACUGAGUUUCCAGGAAGAACGCGACAGGGAAUUAACACCGGAGGAGGCUCUCCAGUUGGCCGAGAAUUUGAUUGAAGAGAUUAAAGCAGAAGCUCCGCGACGGGCCGAGAUGAUUACAUCGUCGACACCGGACGUUGAAUUAAAAGAAAUAAGCGAAGGAGCCGCGGAAGUGCCUCAGGAGGUCGCACAAACUUUGACGUUCAAAGAAGAAACCGAAGCCAAGAUCUCCGAGUACAUCCGCCAGGUGGACGUCCACGAAGAGGUGGUCGUCUCCGAUGCCCAAAACAUAACAGAAGAAACCAUCAACUGGUCGCUUACUGAAAUACACGAAUCAUCGACGCAUAUUGAGCAUGUCGAUACUCAAGUACUCAACCGUGCGAUUUUACCCGGACUAGACAUCGAGCUUCAAGGCACCCAGGAACAAGAAGCAACUAGCCCGGAGCAAGUGUACAGUCCUGAACGUGAGACGACAUCUACCACAUCCUCGGGAAGUAAGAUUGAUUCCUCGGCUACGUUUUCUGAGAACAAAACCGUCUCGUACGAAGAAACGUCUACGACGUGGACGAAGAAAGACGAGGAAACCAUUUACUUCUCAGCAGCGGAAACGGGAGUUCAGCGCCCUAGCCGGCCAACGUCGUCCGAUGUAGAGGCAUUGCUUAGCACCGGAGCCACGACGGCCUGCUCUUCCGAAUACGAAACGGCUUUUUCCUCUUCGUCACGUUCGGUUAAUUCGAGCGAUUUUCAUUCGGCCGUCAGUUCGGUCAGUUCUCGGGAGUCGAUGAAAUCAUUGGACUCCACGACCGGCUUAGCGUCAGAGACGUCGGAGACGUUGAUGGCGUCCGCCCUGGAGCAAGACACCACGGAUCGUGAUUUAACGCCUACAGAUGUUUCUCUCGAUCUCAAUCAAAUGGACGCUCAAUUCAAAUUGGCCAGCGAUCUUCCGGUGGCCCCCGUCCAGCGUGACGAACAAGACGAAGUGGCCACUCGUGCAGAAAGUCCGUUCGAAAUGAUCAGUCCAGUCGACGAAGGUAUGGUCGAACUGGAAGACGAUGACGACGACGAUCCGGAAGACGAUUUAAUUCCACCCGGCAUGAAACGUUCUCAAGAGAUGACUUUCCAUCCGGAACCGAAGCCCCUGCGUGAAACUGGAAUUUCUCCACCCACUACGCCGACUCCAUCGGAAGAAUCGCCCAGUUUGAAAUCGAGCCUGGAAGCUGAGAAACUGUUGUUCGAUUACGUUAUGUCGACGAACGAUGAAGCGGCCUAUCUGUCGACAUCCACUCUGUCCGAUGGCACGACGUCUACGGUUAUAGAAGCGGGCGGCAGGACCGUCAAACAAGACACGUACGAUCAACUUUCGGAUGAACCGGAAGCCGACCAGGAUUGCCAAGAAGACGAAGCCACUGCGACAGUGACAGCCUUGGAUGCAGCCACGAUUACCAGCCGAUCUGGAAGUUUGGCAUCGUCCACGGACGUGGAGGGUAUCGUCAGCCGUCAGGUGACCAUAAGCUCGGCGAUCGUGAUUGACGAAUCAACUCAGUCCAUCAAUACGCAAAUCACAACGCGUCGCGUCGUCGUGCAAGAAGAAUCGGAAGAAAUGAUUCUGCCCGCUUCCAUGGUUCCCGAUAUCACCGUACAGCACGCGAGCCCGGUCAUCGAUCGUCGCUUUAGUUAUCCGGAGAACGUCGCCGGUGCCGACCUGCCAGAAUUGGCUAAACAAGUUAUCGAGGAAGUGCCUUCCGAUGAGGAACACGAAGAAAGAGACGAAGGCUUCGAAGCGGAAACGGUAGAGUCAGCACAACUGGAGCAGGGCGAGCAAUUGUUCCAGUCGGAAGAAGGGGAGCAAGUAGAAGAGAUCGAAGAAUGUGAGCAAGAAUUAGCUGAAGAACAAGAAGAAGUUGAGGCUGGUUAUCCUGAAAUGGAUGUAGGAGAACUGAUAUCGCCUCCAGCUUUGGUGGCCAGACGUAUCGAUCCACCAACUAUGGCCGGAUACAACUAUGAAAUGUCUUUUGAAAGGGCAGAAGAUGAACCGGAAGACGCAGUUGAAGUCGAGGACGUCAUCGAGGAUUUAGAGAAACAAAAGCGCUGGAUGGAAAUGCAAUUCGAAGAGGCCGAAGACGCUGCCCAAGAAAUUUACCAACAAAUUCCCAUCCGCGUCCAGCCGCUAGCCGACAUUGAAGAAGGCAAAGAGGACGAAGAGAGUCUCAACGGCUCUGACCGUCUCGUUGGCCGUCUGAAGGAGUCUUUGAGCAGCACUCCCGAAUUCGACGUACUUAGCGGAAGGAGAUAUUUUACGCGCAGCGGUGACGUCGACGAUCUCUCGGUCGAUUCGCUCCAGGAUUUCGAAAGACUCGAGCUGGAAUUGCACGCUGAAAAACUGAGGCGCCAGAGCAACGGAUCCGGUUCGCAGGAAUCGCUUAAUGGCCGACGCAUCGGUAGCCGUAGUAGCGGAGGCGAUAACGUGUCCGUUAAUUCGUUGACGGAAUUCGAGCGGCUCGAGCGUGAUAUGGCGGAAGCAGCUAAAUUAGAAGAACGAGCCAGACAACAAGAGGCUGCCUUACUGUCUGAAAUUGAAGAAGGUCAUGAGAGCCAGAUGUCCGAAUCGGAGAGUUGCGAGACGCUUUCGGAUGCCGGAAGACGCGGAGGUGACGACACGGAAGAAGACGACGACGACGACUACGAACAACGCAUGUUUGAAAUCGACGAAAUCAUCCGCCAAGCCCAGACGAAUAUCGAACAGUUCGAGACGGAACUGACGGCUGAAGUCCAGCAAACUAUCCGCAGCGCAAGGAUGGAAUCGGCGGGAAGUUUGAACGAAGCGACUCGUAGCAGCGUCGUAGACAUGAAGACGGAAUCGGUGGAUUCCAUCGAUAGUAUCGAACCGGACUUUCUAGCCGGCGGCUCCACGAGCCAGCGUACAGCAGCUACUUACCGUACAUGCAUCCGCACAGAAAUCAAAUACAGCUCCGAUGAUGCCCAACAGCCGGACAGUCUGGCAGGUGGUCCCGACUCGCUGGACGUCUUCGGACCCAGCUCGGUCGAUUCACUCGAUUCCGCCAACGCACGAAGCCGGACAGGCCACGAAUCCGAUUCGCUACAAGCCAUGGUCGGUGCGGAGUCAUCAAGCGACUCAUCUUCCUCUAGAGACGAUCUCCCGCGUGACACAACUCUGCAACGACCUACCGGCAUUUUUAGGCCAACUACAUGUUCUUCCGACUCACUGGAACAGACACAAAGCAGUUCUCGAGCCACCGGAGGCUUCGAUUCAGAUUCGAUCAUGUCCGGAAGUAUGACUAGUUCCAUGGGGUCCGCCGUAGCUGUCACUGUCCAUCCGACCGACGCGGCAAUGACGCCUUCCGGAGCCCCCGUUUACACGGAACGUACAGAAACGAGCUGCACGGUGGAACUGAGCCCCGAAAUCCGCAAAGUCACGUUCCACGGCCCUGAUGUCGAUGAACAAAUGAAGGAUUUCGUGACUCAAUUCGCUCCUGGAGAAGAUAUCCAAGAAGUUGAAGUCACCGAUCCAGUGACGGGCAACAUACUCGUGACACGGGUCACUCAACGCAGGGCGUUCGUUGACGCCCAAGAUUUGCCAACGGAUGAACAUAACUUACCGUCAAGACAGGCAGUAGAAGAAUACAUCCGGACCCGAGGUCCUCAACUGGAAGACGUCGACUCGUUCGAAGUGGACGAUGGAUUCGGCAACAUCCAGCGGGUUAUCCGCAAACGAGUCGUGGACAGCACCGCGACGGCCAUUUCCACCACGCAUUCCCGAGCUUCCCCCUCACUGUCCCCAAACCGCCCGACCGCAUUCCAAAGUACUGCCACAGAGCCAAAGGAGUCCACCCCUCUGCCGGAAUUGACCUCUAGCGGAGCAGCCCGUAAUGACGGCGUCCAGCCUCAACCGGCCUCUGGUCCUCGCGACUCUAUCAGCAUCGACGACGAUGACGACGAUGAGGAAGCGAUGGAGGUCGACUCUCACGAGCACGACUGGCGUAUUGCCGAGUUUGCUCCUAAUACGACUCUUGGCCGACAGCAAGCCACAGUUUUUCAACUAAUAACGGCUGGUCAUUACAAUCUUUCUUCAUUUGAUGUGCACCGGCUCUUGAUAAAGUUUCUUUAAAUAUUUAUAUGUAUAUAUAUAUUUGUUUUUUGCACUGCCCUUAUUUGGAACGAGCACGACACAUCAAACACGUCACCGAUGAGAUUGUAAUGGAAUGGCAACCGAUUCGUUUAGCACGUUUAAUAGUUAAUUCAAAGUACCAUAGUGGGUUGUUGCAAGCACGUCGAUCCGCCACGUAGAUUUAUUUUUGGUUUGUGUCAAGGCUUGUGACUGCAUGCUGUUUCCAACCUUUUCCUGUCUCUCAUUCUGCCCGUUCGUCUAUAUCAGUUGAAGACGUCAUCUUAGAGAAAUAUUGCCGUGUGUUAUCUGGCGUCUGUUGAGCACCAAGAUUAGGCACUUAAGCUACUCUUUUUGUCAUCAGCUCAUGUACCUGAUAAACGGUGUAUAAAUGAUUCAAUCCGUUUAUGGACCGUUUUAUUGCUUUUAAAAUUUGUUUCAAAUGAUGAAAUUCUUUCAUUGUUUCACUUGGAAUUAGCAAUUAUUCGAUCAGUUUUGAUUUUGCGCUUAAAUUUUUGCAACCCGCCACAGUCGAUUUCACCUGCUUCAAUGCCGACUCUUACAUGUUCAACGCAUUAGCUAUUCUAAUGGUAGUUUUCUUUGUGGACGGCAUUCUUCCGUUUUCAUGACCUGUUUUUCAGUUACUGAAAUUAAAACGUUCGAUCUG